UGUGCUUUGCUUUGCUUGGAACAUGCCUCCUUCAAGCUGGGAAAUGGACAGUGCUCUUACAAACAGACUGACAGACAGAGGACACAAGGGUAAAGGACCAGAAAAGAAAAAGCAAAAAAGGAUUUGUUUAGAAUUGUAAGAAAUCUGUAUGAAGGAAAGAAAGCCAGAAAGAAAGAAAGAACAAAGAAAGAUCAUAGAGUAAGAAAAAAGUUGGAAAAGUAAGGUGCUGACUGCUAACACUGACCACCUCCUACCCCGUCUGAUAGAAUCUGUUUGUCAGUUUCCACCUUCAGUUCUCAGUCAGUUAACUGUUUUUGCCUGUUUGCUUCAUUAGCCUGUCAGUCUAAUUUGAAAAGAGGGUUAAGAAAGUAAGUCUGUCCAAAAAAAACCCCUAAAACUUACAUACUUAAAUACUUUAGUUACAUAUUUAUUAAUUUUAACAGGUUUGCACGAGCACCACUGCUUACUGACACUCAAUAAUCAGAUAUCAGUAACUAUAAACAUUUCCAAAAUUAGCCUGUCACAAUGGCCCCCAAAAAGAAGUCAUCUCGUCCCAAGAAAGCAACUCCAGAGCCAGCACAGGUGGAAAGUGGUGUAUUGGUACCUGAACCAGGAGUGAAAAAAUUAGACCUGCCUCUCAACGUUGAGCAGCUAAAUUGUCUUAAUGGGAUACCCAUGCCACCUGUGAUCCGGCCGGGGGAAAGGGGCUUUGGUCUGGGUGGGGAGGUGACCAGACCUUUACAUGGAUCUGCACUUCUAGAGGAGCUGAGCCGCAUGAGACAAGAGCGCUUCCUUACUGACCUGGAGCUGGCCUGCAAGACCAAGGCCUUUGAUGUCCAUAAGCUUGUCAUGUCCUCUGUCAGCCAGUAUUUGCGUGAAGUCUUGGCCAAGGACCCAGGUCUCAAACGUCUGGAGUUACCUACAAUUUCACCACUAGGUCUAGCCAAUGUGAUCACAUUUGCUUAUCUUGGCCGUGUGCACAUGUCUUUGUACACUAUUGGCUGUACCGUGUCUGCGGCCACUACUCUACAAAUUCCUAAUCUCCUCCAGAUGUGCAUGGAUUUUCUAAUGGCUGAGCUGAAUGUACAUACAUGUGUGUAUGUGUGGAACAUCGGUGCUGCUUAUGGUCUGGGCCCUGUGAGGGAUUCUGCACGCCGCUUUGUGCUAGAAAACUUUGCCCAGUUUGCAGACACCCCCCAGUUCACUCAGCUCUCCUUGGAGCAGAUCACUGCUUUCCUACAGGAUGACAACCUGAUCUUGCCCUCAGAGGUUACCACCUUUCAGGUGGCCAUGAAGUGGCUAGAUUUUGACCAGAAAAGACAAGUUCACGCUUCCGACUUGCUGACUCAUGUCCGUUUUGAGACUAUCCCUGCAAGCGAGUUGGUCAGUGAGAUCCAGCCUGUUGCUCGCAUGAUGCAGGACCCUCAGUGUCACCGGUUACUGGUGGAUGCCAUGAACUACCAUUUGCUACCUUACCAACAGAAUGCUCUUCAGUCCCGCCGAACCAAGAUCAGAGGCAGCCAGACUGCUCUGCUAACGAUUGGUGGCCGCCCAUCCCUCACUGAACGUGCCUUAAGUCGAGAAGUGCUUUGGAGAGACCCUCGUGAUGGAGUCGCCACAUGGCGCCAUCUAUCACAGCUGCCUGCUAAGAGCUUUAACCAGUGUGUCGCUGUAAUGGAUGGUUUUCUAUAUGUGGCAGGGGGAGAGGACCAGAACGAUGCUCGAAACCAAGCUAAACAUGCUGUUGGCACACUUUGCAGAUAUGAUCCAAGGUUCAACACAUGGCUACACCUGUCUAGCAUGCGCCAGCGGCGCACUCACUUCAGCCUGGUGGCCACCAAUGGGCGUCUUUAUGCAAUUGGUGGUCGAAACACAGAUGGCCUGCUGGCCACCAUUGAGAGCUACCAGCCCUCAUCCAACAGCUGGCAGCUUCGUGUUCCAAUGGACAUGCCUCGCUGCUGCCACGCCAGUGCGAUCCUGCCCUCUGGUAACAUCCUGGUGACCGGUGGUUAUGUCAACUGUGCCUAUUCCCGCUCUGCGGCCCACUACGACUUGGAAAGGGACACAUGGAGUGAACAGGCACAACUGGAAACACCACGUGGCUGGCACUGUUCCACUACACUAGGCGGUAAAGUAUACGUGGUUGGUGGUAGUUGGCUGGGGCUGAAUGGAGAGCGUGUGGAUGUGAUGACCACAGAGGUUUUCUCACCAGAGACUGGCCAGUGGAAUAGGGCUGCCUCUCUGCCACUGGGAGUAAGCACAGCUGGUUUGGCAACCCUUGGUGAUCAGUUGUAUCUUGUUGGUGGGUGGAAUGAAGCUGAGAAGCGCUACAAAGCAGCGGUACAGCGCUAUGACCCAGCUACUGACAGCUGGUCCUCUGGCGAAGAGCUACCGGAGCCCACAGUGGGUGUAUCCUGCUGUGCUCUCGCACUACCCCCACGCCACGCUUCCCGCAGACACCGUAACAUGCCAAACCAUGAUGAGCAAGGAAGAAUAAAUGCAUGAGAGGAAGAAGAAAAGGCAGAGAGGAUGAAGGACAUGUUGGGUAGUAUUGAGGAAAGAGAAAGUGAGAAACAGAGUAGAUGUCAGUGAGGAUUCAAAACUAGAGGGAUAUGUAGAUUACAUGGCAGAAAUAUUUUAAGACAGCAAUGUUUUGAACUGUGAAUGGAGUUUAGUCUCAAGUGAAAAUAGGGCCCAUGGAUUAAUAGUGUCAAAAAACUAGGGCAGCCUGCUGCGCUACCAGAAAUAUUUAUAUACCUCUAUUUGUAUGUCUGAAUGUCUACAAACCUAAAUGGAAAAAUGAUGCUUUUAAAUAUUAUUUAAUACUUUUAAUUUCAAAUAACAUCUGUCAGCUGCAUAGUAUAAAGUAUACGGCUUAAGUAUUUAUUUUUUAACAACAACUCCACCAGAAAAUACUGGUCACUAGAAUACUCCAGAAAGGGAGCCAAUCCAUCAACAAGCUUUAGCUAUUGCCCCUCCUCAUACAUGAACAAUCAUGUCUGUGUGGACACCAGGCUGGCUGAUAGCAGCGCCUAGAUAUCAAACAAAACUAUCAACUGUUUUGGGCUAGCAUAAUAGACCACUGUGUCACCAACAUGCCCACAACUUAAAUAUAUAUUUUUAAAAUAUAUCAAACAUGUAAUUUUAGUAAUAAGUGAAAUAUUCAAGUUAUUGUCAGCAAUAUUUCCAGCUCAAGCAAGACUAACAUCUUGCUCUUUGAACCUGGUCCUUCAUAAAAUCAAACCAAAUAGCCAAAACUAAAUAAGAUAGUCCCUACAUUAUGUCAAUAUGUUGUAUAAGAUGUUCUGCACAUACAGUAACUACUUAGUCAUUAAUGGUUCCAUUACCUUCUACUGCCUUCAUUCCUUAAGAUAAGAAGCGCUGUUAAUUUUCAAUGAAAUCCAGUGAGCAACCUGGCGGGAAAACCCUCAGAGCAAGAAAAAGCAUUUCAUUUGUAUGCAGUGUUCCCUUUAUGAAGUAUAAAAUCAACUAGGGUUAAGUCUAAGCCUUUUGUCUUUGUUAAUACAAGGAAUAAAUGUACACAAUGGAAAUGCAGAUGUAUCAAGUCUCCAGGAUUUUACUUGAUUAAAGCAAAAGUUCUCAAAGCAAA